AACCACUUUAAUCUUUCUCUCUCUUCAAAAUCUUAUCUCUGCAUUGCAUAAGCUACGAGAUCCCAUCGUUUGUUUCCCAAUCGCAUUCAUAAACUCUUUCUUACAUAAACUCUCUCCCUUUUUAAACCCUCAAUUACAAAUUCUAACAUCAAUUUCUUCCCGCUCUCUCAUCACUCUCACUCUUUUCUUCAAUUCCAUUCAAUUCAACUCCAAUUUCUCUUAGAUCUAUCAAAAAAAUCACACAAAAAACAUUCAAAAUUAACAAACCCUAGUUCUUAUUUCUAAUCUUCAUCGAUUUCUCUCAAAUCAAACAAAAUAAGAUUUUAAGACUUAAUAGGAUACACAUUAAGACUUAUUAAUAGGAGCCAUGGCUGACCAAGGAUUAGAAGGAAGCCAACCUGUGGAUCUAUCAAAGCACCCUUCUGGAAUUGUGCCUACUCUUCAAAAUAUUGUUUCAACUGUCAAUUUGGACUGUAAGUUGGAGCUGAAAUCAAUUGCGCUUCAAGCUCGUAAUGCAGAGUACAAUCCCAAGCGUUUUGCUGCUGUGAUUAUGAGGAUCCGAGAACCAAAAACAACUGCACUUAUUUUUGCAUCUGGCAAGAUGGUCUGUACUGGAGCUAAGAGUGAGGUACAAUCGAAAUUGGCAGCAAGGAAGUAUGCUAGAAUUAUCCAGAAACUGGGCUUCCCAGCUAAGUUUAAGGAUUUUAAGAUUCAGAACAUUGUUGGCUCUUGUGAUGUCAAGUUCCCCAUACGGCUCGAGGGUCUUGCAUAUUCCCAUGGUGCUUUUUCAAGCUAUGAACCAGAGUUGUUUCCAGGACUAAUCUAUCGAAUGAAGCAACCCAAGAUAGUAUUGCUUAUAUUCGUAUCUGGGAAAAUUGUUCUGACUGGAGCCAAGGUGAGAGAUGAGACUUACACAGCCUUUGAGAACAUAUAUCCAGUGCUUACUGAGUUCAGGAAAAACCAACAAUGAUUAUUGUCAUGAUCAAGAGCAAGGUUUUCCGGCAGAGAAGACUGGAUUGUGGGCUUGAUUGAGCUGUAAAUAUUGAGACAGAAGAUAUUUGGAAUGAGAUAAACGAAGCCGUUUUUGUUCUGCUUGUGAUGGAUCUUGUUGUAGUAUAGUUAACAAACUAUUGUAUUGAGUUUCACAUUUCAAAAGAAAAAGGAUUUAAGAGCCUGAAAAGGAAGAGAAAACAAAGUAGAAGAGCUUAAUGGUAAUUAGCUGAGUCCUUUUACUGUUGUUGGCUACCUUGAUUAUAUAAGUAGGGUAACUUACUUUCAUCUAUAGUAUAAAUAAAUUUGCUGAUAUGACUGCUGAA